UACACCCUAAGAAAAUGUCCAACUGUCCAGCUUAACAAGAAUCAUUCGUAUUGAACAACGCAAAUUAAGUUGUACAAAUUAUCGUGAAGAAGACAAAACACCUGAAGCUGCAAGCUUCAUGCUUCAAGCUUUGCAGAACAACCUUAACAAUGUUGUUAUCCAGGCUCACACUCAUCUUCACUCUCUAUCUUCUCUCUGUCUCAUCAGCAACGAACCCACAACCGCAGGACGCCGCCGUCUGUAUCGUCGGCGCCGGCAUCGGAGGCUCCUCUCUCGCCCACUUUCUCCGGAUUUACUCCUCUCCCGAUGUCGAUUUUGACAUCCGAAUCUUUGAGAGAAACGGCGUCAUUGGAGGGCGUACGGCCUCCGUCAACGUCUCCGGCGACAUCUUCGAGGCUGGAGCGUCCAUUCUCCAUCCCAAGAACUUCCACGCCCUCAAUUACACCGAGCUCCUUAAUCUCACCAUUAAAGAACCUUCUUCAUCUUCCUCUGCUUCUCCCACUUUGGGAAUUUGGGACGGUAAUAAAUUCGUCUUUAAGACCCUAAGCUUCAAUUCCGACCUUCCCUUUGUUCAGAAGAUUGUUUCGAUCGCCAACUCAGUCCUCAUGGUCCUUCGCUACGGCUUCUCGGUUCUCAAAAUGGAAACAUUUGUUCAGGAAACUGUUGGGAAAUUUUUGAAAUACUAUGAAAGCCAUGAGUCGAGACCCAUUUUUGAAAGAGUUGAGGAGAUGCUUCAAUGGGCGGGACUGUACAAUCUGACAACCACCACUUUGGGAUUUAAAUUGGCUGAUAUUGGAUUGUCUCCUUUGUUGAUACAGGAGCUUGUUACUGUCAUCACAAGAAUCAAUUACGGUCAGAGUAUAGCCAUUAGUGGACUUGCAGGAGCUGUUUCGUUGGCUGGAUCUGAUGGAGGAUUGUGGUCCAUCAAAGGAGGCAACUGGCAGAUGGCUUCUGGUCUUAUUGAUCGUUCAAAUGUUGCAUUGCAUCUACACGAGGAAAUAGAAUCAAUCUCCUUUGUUGAAAAAUAUUAUGAACUUAAUUCCACCACAGGAAAGAGUUACAAAUGUGACAUUGCUGUCGUUGCUACACCCCUAGAUGAGGUGAAUAUUCAGUUUACCCCUCUAGUAUCGAUUCCCAAGAGAAGUUUACAGCAUACUUAUGCAACAUUUAUUCGGGGCCUUCUAAAGCCUGAAUAUUUUGGCCUGGAUUCUGUAUCAAAAAUACCAGAACUAGUGGGAACAAUCGAGCAUCCAGAUCUUCCAUUCUCAAGCAUUUCAGUUCUUAAGCGACAUGAUGAAAAAGAUAUGACAUACAAGAUCUUCUCUCGUAAACCUAUGAAUGAUGAAUUACUAGAUAGCAUCUUCAGUCUCAGGAAGGAGACGAUUCAAAUAAAUUGGGCUGCAUACCCUCAUUACAAUGCUCCUGAAGUGUUUGCACCAUUUAUCUUGGAUGAUCGGCAUUUGUAUUAUGUGAAUGCUUUUGAGAAUGCAGCUAGUACAAUGGAGACUAGUGCUGUGGCAGCUGAGAAUAUUGCUCGUCUCAUCCUAUCUAGAUUCUUUGGCCAACCACCAUUCAGUUCCUCAAAUUUGGAAUCCAACUCUGAUGAAGGAACUUUGCCUGUAGAUCUGUGAGUUUUUUUUAGCAAAUAGAUCUUUGAGUUUUCUUUCCUUUGAAAACCGUAAAAUUAUACAGACUGUAGUUAGAAAUAUAUUAAAGGAAGGAAUAAUUAUGGCUAAACUUCUUAUGUAGAUUUUGCUGUAAGAUUGUGUAAGGAAUUUUUUUUGACAUUGUUCUGCAAGAUAAUAUUUACUUGUAAUGUCACCCCGAGAAUAAGGUCAAUUUUACCAUUGCUUCUUAUAUUAUUUCAA